CCCAGGUUGGUUCAGCCCCCGUCUACUCCGGGGCGGUGCUUAGCCGGCGGCAGAGCGACCCUCGACUUCGGAGAGGUAGUGCGGUUCCGUUGGGCGCUUCCUCCGCCUCGUCGGCCUCCUCACCCUCCGCGGGGACCCGAGACCUCGGUGUAUGCCCCACCCCUGACCCCGCUAGAGAUAUGUCCACCCCGGCUCGGCGGCGCCUCAUGCGGGACUUCAAGAGGUUGCAGGAGGAUCCUCCAGCUGGAGUCAGCGGGGCUCCGUCUGAGAACAACAUAAUGGUUUGGAACGCGGUCAUUUUUGGGCCUGAAGGGACCCCGUUUGAGGAUGGAACAUUUAAGCUUACAAUAGAAUUCACUGAAGAAUAUCCGAACAAACCACCUACAGUUAGAUUUGUCUCUAAGAUGUUUCAUCCAAAUGUCUAUGCAGAUGGUAGUAUAUGUCUGGACAUACUUCAGAACCGUUGGAGUCCAACCUAUGAUGUGUCUUCCAUUUUAACAUCCAUACAGUCUCUGUUGGAUGAACCCAAUCCCAACAGUCCAGCAAACAGCCAGGCUGCUCAGCUGUACCAGGAAAACAAGCGGGAAUAUGAAAAACGUGUUUCUGCAAUAGUAGAACAGAGCUGGCGCGAUUGUUGACCCGGGUGCAGCAAAAGAUGCUGGUCAUAAGAAAAAUAUAUAUUGAUGUAUUUGUCACCUUCCUAUUCCUUAAUGUCAUUACUUUACUUUAUUAAAAGUGAAAUAGCUGUUGUACUGUUUCCAUUUUCCCUUGUCAAGCUUUUCCUGCCCCUUCUACCCUCUCCUUGAACAUCAGAAAAACACCCUCUAUGAGAUCAAAUGUACUGUACCUGGGUUACGUGCAAAAAUUACUAACGUUUAAUUCCUUUUCUGUUGUAUCUUAUCUCCAAUUUUAGGGCACUAUUGUUUCUGUACUUCACACUAAACUUUUUAAAUGAAUUGUUCUACAAGUGGUGCUUCUGAUAGCUUGAUGACCACGAUGUUAUAUUUAACAAAAUAAUUGAACUGUUUCAUCCUGGCAGGACCUUCACUUGGGUUGGAUUUAGUAAAUGUUUGGAAUAUGGCCUAUAGAAAACAGGGCAACGAAUCACAAACAUCCAUUUUGAAAGAGCAGUGGAAGCUAAAAGUGCUAUGGUACUAAGAUCUAACUGGUAUUGAGUUACAAGAUGGUUUUUACUGGUAGGGAGAAUGUUAAAUGACUUGGUCAAAGGGGUGCAGCAAUGUGGUAACUGACAGAUUCUCUCCUUGCAAGAUACUGGGCAAACCCAUGCUAAGUUUCAGAACACUGAAGUCUUCUGGUUCUUUGCUUUUUAAAGAGGUGUGGGAACAGGAAUGGAGAAUUUAAUUUGCAAGCUAGGGAAGGUUGGAGAUCCUUUAAUCUUUUUAAAGGAGCAGUGCUACCCUAGAUAAACAUAACCCCCCAUCAUUAAGAGUUUUAACCCAAGGAAAGGAGCAUACCUGUGGCAAACUAUUUCCCCACUUAAAUCCUGAGUUAAUGCUGCAUGCUUUAAUUUCUUCCCUUUCAGUAUUAUAAGAACCUUUAAGUUUGUAAUCUUUCUUUGGAUAUUUAUAUUUUUAGAUAGACAAUCUUUAAGUAGCAGUGGGGACAAGGCUUGUAAAUGUUUAGUGUUACACUGUUAUCUUUUGUGCAUCCAUCACUCUUCUAAAUCUAACUUUGCACAAGUAACCCAUGUAAAAAAAUGUACAUUUUUCAAAACUUGUAAAUAAAAAUAAUCUUAAAAUUU